GAGAGAGCCACAAGCAGCCCAGCUCAGACAUGGGGCAGACACAGCCCCUGCCAACUCCAUGCCAGCCUGUGCCCAGGACAGAGCACCUUCAGGGGGCACUCAGCACCCUCUGACCUGCCCUCAGAGACAGAGCACCCCCAGGGGGCACUCAGCACCCUCUGACCUGCACUCAGAGACAGAGCACCCCCAGGGGGCACUCAGCACCCUCUGACCUGCACUCAGGGACAGAGCACCCCAGGGGGCACCCACAGACCUGCACUCAGAGACAGACACCCCCAGGGGACACCAAGCACCCACUGACCUGCCAGACAGAGGGCAGCAAUCACAACAGGGUGCCCAGGACAGAGCACCCCCAGUUGGCAUCCAGCAACCACUGACCUGCCAGACAGAGGGCAGCAAUCACAACAGGGUGCCCAGGACAGAGCACCCCCAGUUGGCAUCCAGCAACCACUGACCUGCACUCAGAGGCAAUCACCCCCAGGGUGCCCAGAACACAGCACCCACAGGGGGCAUCCAGCACUGGGAGCUUUCACGAGUAAUGCGGGCAGGAGUGUGCCAGGAGAUCACUUCUGUGCGACAGUUGAUUCCUUGUCAGUUGACCCAGUGUGUGCCAGUUGAUCCCUCCGGUGUGUGCCUGCUUUACCGGUGUCUGCCAGUUGAUUCUGUGUGUGCCAGUUUAUUCUGUGUGUGCCAGUUGACCAAGUGUGUGUGCCAGUCACUGACAGAGCGCACAGGAAGUGGUUUGAAUUCCUUGGUUGGGAUCUGGCCCUUAGUGUGGGCACCGUACCAGCUGUACCCUACCAUGUGCCUUCAUGGAACCUGAACUUCUACACAUCAAAGGGAACAAAAACAACUGCUCCUGCUGACCCUGCUCCUGGAAAGUGUACGUUUUGGAUUUGUUGAGACGUGUCUCCGAUUAAUGUGCUGGAGGAUAUAGCAGUAAUGGGAUCCUAGCUCCCCUGGGUCCGGCACGGCUGAGGGUCCCCGCAUUUCUAUUUAGACAGAACUUUUUGUUUUGUUUUACACUUUAUUGGCUUGGCAUUAUUGGGCCUUCUCCUUGGUGUCUCUUGUUUAUUACGAGCCUGUGCUGGGCAGAGCCCGGCCCCGAGUUAUAACGCUGUCUUAGACAAAGAGACUUUAUAUUUACGUUUGUAUUUCCCCUCCUGCCAACUGGCCAUGACAUCUGGAUGUGUCGGAGCGAUGGCAGCUGCCGGUAACAUGGCCUUGCCCUGGUAUCACCGGGAUCUGAGCCGGGCAGCGGCUGAAGAAUUACUGGCAAAGGCUGGCAGAGAUGGCAGCUUUUUGGUGCGAGAUAGCGAGAGCGUCACAGGAGCCUACGCGCUCUGCGUCUUGUUUCAGAAGCAUGUGCACACCUACCGGAUCCUGCCUGACGAGGAAGACUACCUGGCAGUACAGACGUCUCAGGGAGUCCAGGUGCGACGGUUCAAGAAACUUGGGGAACUGAUUGCUCUGUAUCUGCAGCCUAACCAGGGCAUGGUGUGUACCUUGCUGUACCCGGUGGAACGAGAAAAAGAAAAGGAUUACGCUGAGGACCGAGACUACUCGGAUGGGGAAGAUGAGAAGCCGCCGUUGCCACCACGCUCAGCCUCUGGACUCUGUUCGCCCGGUGUGGGGCAGAGCAUGGUCUCCUGCGGGCAGGAUGCCACUAUUGCAGAAAGUCCUACUAAUGGGCUGAGCACAGUAUCCCACGAAUAUCUCAAAGGGAGCUACUCUCUGGACCUAGAAGCUGUGAAGUCUGGUGCCACGAAUCUACCCCAUCUCAACAAGACUUUGGUCCUGUCCUGCAAGAGACUGCACGGCGAGGUUGAUAAAGUCCUCUCUGGCCUGGAAAUUCUCUCCAAAAUAUUUGAUCAACAAAGUUCUCUGAUGGUAUCGAAAGUUCUCCAGCAGGCUGCUAGUCAAUCAGGGGACCAGGAACUUGAGAGCCUAGUGCUGAAACUCUCUGUGCUGAAGGAGUUCUUGUCUAAUAUUGAGAAGAAGGCCCUGAAGGCGCUGCAGGAGAUGAGCAAUUCAGCCCAAUCAGCGCCGAUCCCGCAGUCCUGCCGAAAGACCAAGAGUAUCCCAGUGCAGAUGUUUGAGGUAAAGCUGGACAUGGCAGAUCUAACCAAGAUCGUGAAAUCGCAGAAAUACACGUUAAGUGUAGACGUAGAGGGAGGAAAACUUGCCGUGAUGAAAAAAGUGAAGGAUUCUCAGGAGGAUUGGAACACGUUUCCCCACGAUAAAAUCCGACAGCUGAUAAAGUCCCAGCGUGUGCCCUACAAACUGGGCAUUGUGUUUGAGAAAGAAAAGGAUAAGACCCAGCGGAAAGACUUCAUCUUUGUCAGUGCCAGGAAACGAGAAGCUUUCUGCCAACUGCUGCAACUAAUGAAGAAUAAACACUCAAACCAGGACGAACCGGACAUGAUUUCUGUCUUCAUUGGGACGUGGAAUAUGGGAAGUGUCCCACCUCAGAAAAACAUCUCUUCGUGGUUCAGUUCGAGGGGCCUUGGUAAAACCCUGGACGAGAUGACAGUCACGAUCCCACAUGAUAUCUACGUGUUUGGGACCCAGGAAAACUCUGUAGCAGACAAGGAGUGGGUGGACAUCCUGCGAGGGGUGCUUAAAGAGUUUACCGAGGUGGAAUAUCGACCGAUCGCCGUGCAGUCCUUGUGGAAUAUUAAAAUUGCGGUGCUCGUUCGGCCUGAACAUGAGAACCGGAUCAGUCAUAUCAGUACGUCCAGUGUGAAGACGGGGAUUGCCAACACUUUGGGGAAUAAAGGUGCAGUUGGAAUAUCUUUCAUGUUUAAUGGGACCUCGUUUGGGUUUGUGAACUGUCACCUGACUUCAGGCAAUGAAAAGACAGCACGACGGAAUCAGAAUUAUCUGGAUAUACUGCGGCUGCUUUCACUGGGGGAUAAACAGCUCAACUCAUUUGAUAUCUCCCUCCGCUUCACACAUCUCUUUUGGUUCGGAGAUCUCAACUACCGGCUGGAUAUGGAUGUGCAGGAGAUCCUGAAUUUUAUCAGCCGCAAGGAGUUUGAGCCGUUGCUGAAAGUCGACCAAUUAAAUCUGGAGAAAGAGAAGAACAAAAUCUUCCUGCGUUUUAGUGAAGAGGAGAUCACCUUUCCUCCCACAUACCGUUAUGAAAGGGGAUCCCGGGACACCUACGUAUGGCACAAACACAAACCCACAGGGGUACGCACAAAUGUGCCAUCCUGGUGUGACCGGAUCCUGUGGAAAUCAUACCCAGAGACACAUGUGAUAUGCAAUUCAUAUGGAUGCUCCGAUGACAUCAUGACCAGUGAUCACUCUCCCGUUUUUGGAUCCUUUGAAGUUGGCGUGACGUCCCAGUUUGUGUCCAAGAAAGGUCUCCUGAAGCCGUCCGAACAGGCUGUCAUUGAAUUUGAGAGCAUUGAAGCCAUCGUCAAGACUGCCAGCAGGACAAAGUUCUUUAUUGAGUUUUACUCUGGCUGUCUGGAAGAGUUCAAGAAGAGUAGUGAGAAUGACAGUCAGAGCGUCGAUAACAUUAACUUCCUGAAGGUGCAGUGGUCAUCGAAACAGCUCCCGAUGCUGAAACCCAUUCUGUCGGACAUUGAGUACCUGCAGGACCAACACCUGCUGCUGACAGUGAAAUCCAUGGAUGGGUACGAGUCCUAUGGUGAGUGUGUGAUCGCCCUGAAGUCCAUGAUUGGCAGCACAUCACAACAGUUCCUGACCUACCUGUCUCACCGCGGAGAGGAAACGGGCAACAUCCGUGGCUCCAUGAAGGUGCGCGUACCGGCCGAACGCAUGGGAACCAGAGAGCGCCUGUACGAGUGGAUCAGUGUUGAUAAAGAUGAAACAGGGGCCAUCAAAGGGAAGCCUCCCACAGUGCGAGCCAAUCACGACUAUAUCAAGUCUGCAAGUCGGAAACAUUCUCCAUCAGAGUCACCAGGACCCACUCUUCAGAAACUGUUUGAGGAGCCUGAGAAAGGCUCGGCCCAUGCCACUGGUCGCCCACCCAUUGCCAUACCUGUUACCAUUAAGGAAGAUCCCUCGUUGGCACGGUGUAAAGCAGAGAGCCAGGCAGAAGGUGAAAGUCUAGCCGUAAAGAGCAGUUUCAACAAUCCAGCAUACUACGUCUUGGAGGGGGUCCCACAUCACAUGUUGCCCCCUGAUGGGCAGUUAUCCUCUGCUGGAACCGCUAAAAACAAAGUACAGAUCACUGUUCCCUCACUACAUGUAGACAAGCGUCGGCAGCCCCAUGCCGCUCGGUCAGAAGAAACCUCUUCAGAUGAGGAUGUUGGGACCCUUAAUCUGCCACCCCCUGACUUUCCACCCCCUCCUCUCCCUAAAUCUGCAGAGAUCGAGAUGUUGGACAAUCCAUUCUAUGUGUCAUCGGGGGAGCUGCAUUCACGCCAUUCAGAAGAAGCUGACCAGAAGACAGGACCUGUGAAACCUCGAGUUGGUGUUACAUUUAGUGAACCCCCUGAAUCCAAGUACCAACCCAAAGUUCAGUCAAGGCCCUCCGUGCCAGCCCCCCAGGUUUCAUACAUGGCAGAGACUCAUGGUAAUGUCCAAUCUCACGGGAUGCAGGACGACCGUUCCUGUUCUGUGCUUCAGAUGGCUCGUACUCUCAGUGAAGUGGACUACUCUGGUGGCAAGGCUGAACCUCUGAGCAGGGAUGCACAAGGACGAGUGUCUCACCAUCUGCCAGGGAAGGGCAAAAUGGACCUGCCUCCACGCUGCUUGGACUUCACACGACCCUUGGCCUUCCCACCACGCUGCAUCAGAGAGAGCAUUCAGGAGGAUCUGGCAGAGGAGGCUCUGUACCAAGGAGGGCGCAAUUCUUCAACUCUGCAGGAGUCCAGCGUGGGGGAAUGGCUGCGCACCAUCGGGCUGGAGCAGUACGAGGAAGGCCUGAUACACAAUGGCUGGGAUGACCUGGAAUUUCUCAGUGACAUCGUAGAAGAAGACCUAGAGGAGGCUGGAGUGUUGGAUCCCAAGCACAAAAGGAUUAUUCUUGACAACCUCCAGCUCAGGAAAUAGCUCUUGUGGCCUUAUUUGCCAUGUGUGGCCUCCAUCUUGUUGUGUUUACAAGCCCGUUUCUUAUUUAGCUCUGGUAGCCCUCAGAUCUAUUAAGGUCUAAUUCCUAACCCAGGAUAUUCCUGUCUUUGCAAUCCUACAUGCUGCUUGAAAAUGGAACCCAUUGACAGACUGCCAGCACCACCAUAUUUACACUGUGUGUUCGUUAAUCUUUCGAGAAUACAGGGGUCUCCUCCCAAGCACUGACUUUUUAUGUUUUUAUAUAUUUAAUUAGAAGAGAGCCUUUAUUCUGAGUUUUGUGAAGCUUUUUGGUUUUUUUUUCUUUCAUUCAUUUAUCUGAUUUUCUAUUUUUUUUUUUAGACCAAAAUGGCUGUCAAAUAGCAGUGACCUAGCUGUUGCUAUGACAGCAGCCUUUGUUUCAUAAAAUGGCUGCCGGCAUCCAUUUUUCACACCGUUUUACUACUCACCUUACAGGUGAUCUUAAACCCAGCAGCCCUGCUCAGGGGACACUGGUGUGUCACGCUAUUUAAGGAAAAGGACACACUCAUAUUGAGCCAUUUGGAGAUUCAGACACAGGGACUGGCUGUGGUGUUAGCCGUUUUCUGGUAUUGUUUUUCAUUUGCUGUUAUUGGCCACCAUGAAGUUUAUAAACUACUUACGCUGGCAAGGCCAGGUUCAAAUCUUCUUCAUGGUCUCUUAACGUCUAAAUCCGUUAACCAAACGGGGGAUUGACAUCUCAAACUGCGAAGCAGAAAGACCCUUCCAUCCCCGUAUCGUCUUCGCCAAGGGAAAUACCAAGACUCGGACUCUUCCAAUGAAUGUUAGAAUAUCAUACUAUCAUAAGGUUUUUUUUUGUUCACUAAAUCCUAAACGUUGUAUCUGCCAGUGCAGAAAUUGUUAUAAUUCUGUAGAAUACGUCGUUUAUUUUGUGUCCAGUCAUUUCUGUAAUUUCUGCGGUGUGUGCCGGAUCAGAAAAGGGCGUUUUCUGCACUAGAUGCACAGUAAGGGGCUGUGUGAAUGUGGACAUUAACCCUGUUAUUGCCAGGGGUGAGGACCCACAUGGACAUGUAAUGCCCGUCUCAAAUCUCAGGUGCACUUCCAGGGACUUGUACCAUACAAGUCUCCUCACUCUGCGGCUGCCCAGCCCUGAUCUGUGUAUUAUAUGCACAAUGUAUGCUAACUCACGUAAUGUAAUAUUCACAUAUAACUAAAGCGCAUUGUCUCGCAAAAAAUCCCAAUUCCUUCAAACAGAAACCCAUUGCAAGCCGUGCUGUAUCAUGCUGUAUCAUGCUGUAUAGUGCCUUGUGCUGGUUAACACAGUGAGUGCAAACCAGCUCGUUAUCACAAACACCCACAAUUAUCCUGAUCACAGAGAGACCCUCUCAAACCAUUUGUUUUGCUUUUAUCCCACACAAACCACAUCCUGAACACAGAUUACCCCAUAUCAAAAUCUUCACCCAGGACCAUAUGCAGGGACACCCAGGACAAUUUCUCUCUAUUCCCCCCAAAGUCCAAAUACUAAACCUGGCCGGGGAACUUCCGCUUGUCUUGCUGUACUAUUACCUAUUAGACUCACAGCUCAGGGCUAGCCAGCCUGUACUAGCCAGCCUGUACUCCCCAGCUCAGGGCUAGCCAGCCUGUACUAACCAGCCUGUACUCCCCAGCUCAGGGCUAGCCAGCCUGUACUAACCAGCCUGUACUAGCCAGCCUGUACUCCCCAGCUCAGGGCUAGCCAGCCUGUACUCCCCAGCUCAGGGCUAGCCAGCC